UGGUGUUCGGGCCGAGCGUUCUUUGGAGUCGACCGUUGAACAUAUUAUCAAAUCCAUAUACGUACAUACAUACCUAAAUAUAAAUAAAUAAAUAAUACUAUUUAUUCCACGGAGGUCGGAAUGAUAAUAACAAUAAUAUGAGCGUGCGCCGUGCACUUCACGUAGUAUUGCACAGGUAACACUGUGUGCUAUCAAGGUGUCUUAAGGGUGGGGCAUGGUUAUCUGGAGAAAUUUUUUUUUCAACGAAAGUACAAUAUUCUUUACACAUUUGAAAAAAUAUUUUACCGCAAUUACAUAGAAAAUCGUCGUAGUGUUAACAGCCGCGAAAACCGACAUUAUGUUCGCGUAACGUCUCACGUAUAUUUCUGGCAAACGACAUCGGACCGAACGGAUAUCGUUUCGAUUAUUUUAAACGAGUUUUAUUAUUGUCUAUUUUUUAAACUCUGGACCGCCCAGGUACAUAAUCCAAUCGAUGCGAGUAAACAACAAUCUGUUAUAUACAUAAAUCUGUUAUAUAUAUUCAUAUAUAUCGGCUGAUGCAGCAUUUUAUUGUAAAAAAAAAAAUUCGUAAUUGAAAGUAAUUGAUUAAGAAAAUCGCACUGCAUUCAUUCCGAGUAGUUAGUACUAUAAAAACCGUUUAAUUUAUUUUUGUUGAAUUUUGUGUAUGCGGGAGCAAUUUAAAUAAUUUAUUAUUAUUAAUAUAUCAAUAAAAAGGAAUAUUACAAGUAUGGUUUUUAACAACGAAGUAGAUUACCAACCUUUUCAAUCGAUCGUCAAUGUUGAUAGCAUUCCGCUCAUCAUUCCAGAGUGUACAAUCACAAAGAAACAGCCAACCAAGACGUUUUUGGAAAUUCAACAUCUCAUCUCAAAUGGAAGGUAUAAGGAAGUAAAAAAACUCUUACGUAGCCAUAACUGGCCGGCGGAUAAUAUGAUUAGAAGUCAACUAUGGUCGGCUCUAUGCAAACAACACAACAAUAAUAAUAUGAGCGAAGGAUUUUAUUGGGAUUUAGUUGAACAAUUGUUUGGGACUAAAGAGCUACCGGACAAAACUAGUGUAUUGCCACCAUUUGUUGAUUCAAAACACAGACAUAUUCAUCAUCUCAAUGCGAUUGGAAAAGAAGUAGCGGACCGUGUUGUUUGUGUACUUGGGUUUGCCUGUCCCGACAUUACAUAUAGUCCAGCAAUAUAUUCGUUAGUAUCAUUAUUUUUGCAUUUUAUGCCUGAAGAAGAAUGUUAUAACAGUAUAACCAGUCUAGUAUCUUCAAAGCAAUUAGUAUUUAUGACUCAAACAAAAUCAUUGUAUGAAGUCACUUGGAGAACAGUAAUGCGAAUAGCUAAAAAACACGCAAGCAGUGCUGCAGCCCAUUUAACUAAGUUUUGUUCAGCAUCUAAAGUUGAACAUGUAUAUACCGAAUGGAUAUGGUGGAUUUUUCAAGGUCUUCCGUUUUAUCAUGCUGUACGUUUAAUGGAUUGUUAUCUACACGAAGGUAUUAAAGUAUUAUAUAGAAUUGCCAUAGCUAUACUAAAACUUUUCCAUAAAUAUUCAUUGAAAAGAAACUCAUCUUGGGCUCAAGAAGCUAUAAAUAAUGGAUUAGAAACUACAUUAAUUAAAUUUUGUCGACAAAUUCCCGUGAAUCCAAGGAAAUUAUUGAAAAUAGCAUUUAAUAUACGAGCAUUUAGUGCAGCGUAUAUACAAAGGGUAUUUGUGAAAAUCGAAAUGUCAUUGAAAACCAAAGCGGUUUUAUCAAAUUCUCACCAGCUGAUUAGAUCUCGCUCUACCGAAAAUUUACCUACUAGCCAGUCGCAAGUUAAUAUACAAUUAAUGUCACAUACACUUAGUACACGAGAACUAUUUACAUUAUGGUCGUGGCUACCGAUGCGUAUUACAAUGUAUCAGCCAAUUUUAUUGUAUACAACUGAAGAACACGGGUGCAGUUUAACAACUUUUUAUUUUCGGGUUGAACAACAUGAGCCAACCCUGUUGAUAAUUAAAACGUGUAGUAAUGACGUAUUUGGGGCAUAUUGCUCGACCAAAUGGCUAGAAAGAAAUAAAAAAGAUGAAAGAGGAAACAGAACUGCGUAUUUUGGAACUGGAGAAACGUUUCUGUUCAGCCUAUAUCCGGAAAGAUCAAAAUAUCCUUGGGUCGGCAUGGAAAAUGAUAAUGUUUGUCACUCAAAUGAAUUGUUUAUGGCGGCAGAUUCUAAAAUGAUAACUAUUGGAGGAGGUGACGGUCAAGCGAUUUGGAUGGACGAGAAUAUUCGAUUUGGAAAGUCUGAUAGCUGCUCUACCUUUAAUAAUCCGCCACUUUGUCCGGGAAAGGAUUUCGAAAUCAAAGUAUUAGAGGUUUAUGGUUUUGGAGGUGCAAUAUUGUAAUGAGGUGGACACUGCGAUUUUAUAACAAACAUUUUUUUAUUUGAGGUAUUAGUGAAGUGGUUAUGGGUGGAGAUAAUGUUCUUCAAUCAAUACCUACAACAAAAUAUGAUACUUACCCGGGAAUCGAAGACAACGAUGAAGAAGAUGACGUAGCCGAAUCACUA